AUGAGCGCAUGUCUCCCGUCGCGGACAAUCAAGCCUGCUCUGUUCUCGACCUUUCGUAGCGCCAGUCUGAGUCACCCGUCGAGACAUCUUUCUUCCCUUUCAUCUCCACCUCCAAGCAUGGAUAACAACGAAAACAAGAGUUCAAAGGCCCGCAGGAACGAAAAGUCAAGAGCGAAACAUCGAGAAGACCUCAACACGGAGAAAAACAGUGCGGACAAGGCAGAGACAUUCCAUGAGAGGACGACUGAGCAACUGUACAAAUGGCAGUCGGAAAACCUCCCUGGGCCACCAUUCGUGCUUCAUGACGGUCCCCCGUAUGCCAAUGGCAACCUACAUACCGGACACGCUCUCAACAAGAUCCUGAAGGAUGUGAUCUUGCGAUAUAAUAUUCUACGUGGGCGAAAGGUCAAUUAUGUGCCAGGCUGGGACUGUCAUGGUCUACCCGUAGAGAACAAGGCCCUAGAAGCACUCAAGGCUGUCGUUCGAUCAGCCGCAAAGGAGACUGCUGAAGCUGCCCUCGCUGUUCAACGCGAUGAGAUGAUGCAGUUUGGCCUUGUUGGUGAUUGGAGUGAAACUGGAACGUACCGCACAAUGGAUCCAGCGUUCGAGUCUCGCCAACUGCGUAUCUUCCAGUCAAUGGUUAAGCAUGGCAUUAUCUAUCGGGAGUUUCGACCUGUUCACUGGUCACCGUCGUCACAAACUGCGCUAGCUGAAGCCGAGCUGCAGUACGAAAUGCAUACAUCUACUUCUGCAUAUGUCGCAUUUUCUGUUGACAGUGCCAGCCUUUCUACUGAGCUCAAGAAUGCAGUUGGGUCAAAGGAAUUGAAACUGCUCAUUUGGACGACUACUCCAUGGACACUGCCUACCAACAUGGCAAUCUCGAUGCAUCCUCAAUUUGAGUACGCUCUUAUAACAAAAGUAGGCAGCGAAACCGAAAUCGUCGCCAUUGCUUCCUCUCGACUUGAAUCAGUCUCGAAGCUGCUUGGACCUCAUGCUGUAGUUGGGAUUCUCAAAGGGACCGCCUUCUCGGGGGUGCGGUACAAACCUCUGUUCUAUGAUGGUCCUGAACCUCCUCUCACCCGACCAGUUGUCACUUCAGAAGAUGUUCUAGACGAUGCUGGAACUGGUCUAGUUCAUAUGGCCCCAUCGCAUGGUCACGAAGACUAUCAAGCGCUCUUGACCCGCGGGCUCUUGCACGAUAACCCACUGAUCAACAUUGUAGACGCCACUGGUCGAUAUACAACAGCUACAGUAGAUGCCUGUGGCGAGAAGGUCGGCCAGCGACUGGUCGGCCUAGAGGUGCUAUACAAAGGCAACAAGGAAGUACUCAGUAUACUCGAGGAGAUGAAUCAAGGAGGCACCAGACUUCUUGCGGUUGAGAAGCAUCGACAUCGAUACGCUUACGAUUGGAGGACCAAGAAGCCGUUGAUCAUUCGAGCCACUGCCCAAUGGUUUGCUAAUCUGGAUGGUGUCAAAGAACGAGCACUACAAUCCCUCGAUGGUGUCGAGUUCUAUCCUCCCAAUUCUAAGCGAAGACUCCAGGCCUUUGUCCAAGAACGCUCAGAGUGGUGCAUCUCACGACAGCGGACGUGGGGUGUGCCCAUCCCGGCAUUGCACAUUCUGGAAACCGGAGAUGCUAUCCUCACAGAAGAGACACUGGAUCAUAUUCUCAAAAUCCUGGAAGAGAAGGGCACGUCCUACUGGUGGGAAGGCCCUGUGGAGGAGUUCAUUCCGAAUUCACUCUCAGCCAAGUAUCCUCCUGGCUCACUCAUUAAAGGCACCGAUACGAUGGAUGUAUGGUUCGACAGUGGUACAUCGUGGUCUAUGAUGGAUCAAAAGCGUGCAGAUGUCUAUCUCGAAGGCUCUGACCAGCACAGAGGAUGGUUCCAAUCCUCCUUGCUCACUGCCAUCGCUUCAAGUGAGCAGAAGGACGCCCCAGAGGCACCAUUUAAGAACCUCAUCACCCAUGGGUUCGUCCUUGAUGAGAAGGGAAGAAAGAUGAGCAAGUCAUUGGGCAAUGUCAUUAGUCCCAUUACCGUCAUCACAGGUGGCCCAAACUUACAGAAGGAACCUGCUUAUGGCACCGACGUUUUGAGACUGUGGGCUGUCUCGAUGCAAUACUCGGGAGAUGUAGCUAUGAGCACAGUGGCACUGAAGCAGGCUGCAGAAAUCCUGCGUAAGCUGCGCAUGACUGCCCGUUACCUUUUAGGAAGCUUGCGGGAUGCCACGUUUGUCGGUCCAGCCCCUCAAAAUCUUUCUCUCCUAGACAGAUUCGUGCUGCAUGAACUUUGGAAGCUCGAAAACGAUGCACGCAAGGCGUACGAUACCUUUGCCUUUCACGAAGUCGUCUCGUCUUUGUCACACUUUGUCAAUACGACAUUAUCGUCGCUCUAUUUCGACACGAGCAAGGAUGUUCUCUACGCUGAUGCAACAGCGAGCAGUGCUCGAACGGCAAUACUAUACGUGCUGUCAUCGACGCUGCAAACGUUGACACCUAUUAUUGCGCCGUUUGUGCCCUAUCUCGCGGAAGAAAUCCAUCAGGCAGGUGAAAAUCAAGAAUUCAGUUGCUUUACAAGCGGGUGGAGAAUUUCUGACGAAGAAUGGCGAGACGAAAAGGCAUAUGCUGACCUUAGUAGUCUUCUCCAGGUUCGCAAAGUUGUCCUAGAACUGCUCGAGAAGGCGAGAUCGGAGAAGAAAAUCAGAAGCUCUUUGGAGGCCGAUAUUGUUAUCAUCUUGCCUGAUAAUACCCAAGAAACGCCGUUGGCGGAGCUUUUAUAUAGCCAGGUGGAACUACUCUCAAAGCUCUUCAUCGUCUCGGAGGUGACUAUUGAGAACGACCAGGCGCCAAUCUUUGAUCGUGAUUGGGCAUAUUGCGAACUCCUGUCUCUUCCGGGUACGUUUCUACUACAGGAUCAGGCACAAUAA